CAUGGGCUCUACCACCUGGGUGUGAAACGGAUAGAAUGGGUGCCGCGGAAUGGCUGUAGGAGCUCUUCAAAAAUCUUCAAAAUGGAGAUAAGUACUAUUGCGCCAUCUAUCUUGCGCAUGCGCAGAUCACAAAAAAUCGCAAAUCCAAGAAAAAAUUAAUUCUUCUAAUUUUAGCAACAUAUAUUGGGAAUUCUAGCUUUCAAAGAAUGUCAAAGCGAAAAAAAAACACAAAAAAUGAUGACUAUCUAUAUUGGGAUGAAAUGAGUGAUGAUCCCCUCAAAGAAAUUUUGGGUGACUUGUACACAGCCUCAGGAUCAUCAUCAGAGUCUUCAUCUGAUUCAAGUCCAGAGACUCCUAAACACCAACCCGAAUCUCAAAAGGGUCAAAAGAAACAAAAUAAUAAUAUCUACAAGUGUAGUCAGUGCACUAAGGAGCUAAAGUCAAUAAGUGGACUACGAGGCCAUAUGAGAAGCCAUGGUAUCGAAUCUGUGCGGCCCAGAGACUACAGGAUAAAUCAUUUGGCGUCACAUAGUCAGCCAAAUAGACACCCCCUCUCUGAUAAGGACAUUUUUGAUGCGGAAUAUGAACAAAUUGUGAACAUCGCUGUGAAAGAGGCACAGAAAGACAAUAUAUAUAGAGACUUGUUACCAGAAGCAGCCAUUCAGUUCGACAAGUUAAAUGUAGCAGAUUUAAAGGAGAAAACAGAGCUUGAAAUGUACAAUGUAUUACUAUCGUACAAUAGUGACUGCUCUUUGGAACAGGGGCGUGAAUCGCUGUUUGCAAACUUUCAUCAACUUCGCUUGAAGACAUCAUUCGUCAAUGCUAUUUCGAGUCAUUGUAACCUUCAACCCCACCUCGUUCAGACUAUUCUCAGACUGUUACUGAAAGUAUCGUUGAAUGCCAUUGCUUCACUCUCUGCAAAGGAUGUUGAGAGGCACAUUUCAAGUUUGAGUGAGUCUCAGAAGAAAGUUAUGCAUUAUAUUGCAGGAUAUUUGCUUCGCACAAUGAAAAGAAUGAAAAUGGAUAAGGAAAUCAGAGAAAAUUUUGUGAAACUCUGUUCAACAACUAAGAAUGACACUGUCCCCGAGUCAAAAUGGACAUCUUCCCUUGAUCGUGGAGGUCUUAUGUAUCCGUCAACAAAGUUCUUUGAACUUGUAUUACUCUUUGAGAAGGAGAUCUCUACCCAUGUCAAUAUAGACAAUCCAUCCGCCAACUGCAUGGCCAUAGCACCAUUGACUGAAGCAAUCAUGUCAUGUCAUGCGAUACAGUGCCAGUGGGAGUGUAUCACAUCAGGAAUAGAUGAUAUUACAGCAUCCAAGGUGUUUGAACUCAUUAUUACCAAAUUUCUACGUGUCAGAGGAUACGAUACUGCAAGACUCCUGAAACAUAGACAUAAAAAGUCAAAAAAAUCCACAUCUAAGACAGGCAGACGCUGCGGUUUCAGAAAAGGUCUUAAAGAGAAGAGAGGAUCAGCACCUCCGAAAUAACAUCAUUGACUAGCCCAAUGGUUGUACAGAAAAUCCUCCUGAGACUUCAUUUCAGAACAGUGGCUCGCAAACAUUUUAAGGCCUAGCAAACAUUUUAAGGCCUAGCAUGCCUAGUGUGUUUAUUAAGUGUUAUUAAUAGUUAUCAUUUUGCAUGUGUUAACAGAUAUAAACAUGAAACACAGUAACAAUAUUAUUCCCAAGAUUCAUUCAUUGAUUUUGAGGUAAAUAUUGCUUUUGACCAUGGUAUAAGGUAUAAAGCCCGCCUGGUUAAUAACUGCUUUAUAUAAAUCAUAUAUAGAUGGAAGUAAAAAAAUGUGCUAACAGUAUACCCUGUUAUAGAAGAUUGAUGCUAUACGUAGCAUACUGGAGUUUUAUAAAUCUUGUACAUGUAGUUUGGCUAUGUAUGCACUGUAAUACAGUUAAAUGUGCC